GUGUUUGUCGGGCGGUGUGAUGGCGGCGGCUAACUGUUCGCUGACGGUCUCCCGUCACCUCCUCGACCCUAAGUUUGAUAGUUACAAACUCUCCCUGGAAACACUGCCCAUUUACACCGUGGACCUGGAUGGCGCUGUUGCUGAAGUGAAGCUUCGUGAGGAUCAGUACACCCUGGACCAUAUGUGUGUCUUUGGCAUGUAUAACUAUCUGCACUGUGACAGAUGGUAUCACGACAGUGUCUAUUAUAUUGAUCAGCAUGAGAGGGUCAUGCAUCUGGACAUCACUCUGGAUACUGCAAUAAGCAAACCCCGGGAGGUAUUCCGCCUAUCACCAGAGAUUAAGACUUGUGAUUCCUUAGUCUGCGCUUCUAUACAUUUUACAUCACCGACGUGGGCAGCCUUGUCAGAUGGAUCAGGAAAGCUUUAUCUUCUCAGAACAAGCAAACGUGGACCAAAUGAUAUUGAGAAAUGGGAGAUAAUGUUCCAACAAAAGCUUGGAGAUCCCUUUGUGAUAGUCCAUAGCCAUUCUUACGUGAAAGAGAGUACCCACUCGAUAGAUGUUGUUUUACUCAAGACAGAGAAGGAUGAGUCAAACAUCAGAGGAAGCGGGUUCCACUCGGCUGUAGAUUGGCUGACCAUCACUUGUGCAAAUAAUGAGGGCAACAAGUAUGAAGUUUCAAGGCACCAAACUCUACAUGGAAAACUAGCUCCACACUAUGCAGCUGUAGAGCAGGAUGGCACUGGCCUGAUGAUAGCUUCUGACAAACCUUUCAAGUUUGUCCAGAUUGAUGGAAAAUCUAUCAAGGAGCCGGAAGUGGAGAAAAUGGACACCAACCAGAGAAAAGAACCGGUAUAUCAUUGGCAGCAGACAGAUGAAGAUCUGACAGUAAACAUUCAACUACCAGAUAACACCACAAAACAGAACAUAGACUUCCAGUUGUCACCAAGCCAUUUGCAAGUCGGAAUGAAAGGAGAAGCUGCUAUCGUAGAGGGCAAUUUGUACUCUUCAGUUGACCAUGGCCUCAGCAAGUGGACAAUUAAUGACAGUAGCUUGGAGAUCAUCUUAUUCAAGAAUAACAAAGCAGUGACAUGGCCACAACUCCUCAUUGGUGACGGAAGAGGUGAAUUCAUCAUGGAUCCUGAUCAGGCUUCUCGGAUAAAUGAGUGUUUGCUCAACCUCGUCUCUGAAGAAUUGAAUGCAGAUCCUGAAAAAGACAAGCCACCAUGCAAUGCCAGCGAGUUAGAAGAGUGUGAUCGCUUCCCUGAUGAUACUGCCAGCUUAACUCGAUUUGAUGCCAACACAUUGAAAGCUACCCACGUGGUUAACCUGAGCAGUCACCAGUAUCUGUUCACAGCAGUGGUGGAUCCAGCUGAGAUGCCCUGCUUCUGUCUGCGUCAUGAUGUUGAUGCACUUCUGUGGCAACCACACCAAAAAGAGGACAACAUGUGGGAGCACAUCGGAACAUUCAAUGCUUUAGGCUAUGUUCAAGCAUCUAAACGUGAGAAGAAAUUUUCAACGUGUGCUCCAAACUAUUCUUAUGCUGCUCUCUGUGAAUGUUUCCGUCGAGUCUUCAUUUACCGCCAGCCCACACCUGUUCAAUCCGUACUUUACAACCGGAAGGAAGCUAGGCAUGUAGGGCAGGUUGCCAAGCAGCAGGUUGCCAGCUUGGAAACCAAUGAUCCUGUGCUGGGUUUUCAAGCCACUAAUGAGAGGCUGUUUGUUUUGACAAGAAAACACUUGUUUAUUAUUAAAGUGAAUGCAGAUGUUUCUGAGUGAAAUCAAUGCAAUAGGUCAGAGGGUUUCAGGAUGCCAUGUAAAGGAGUUUGUUAAUAAUUGCAGUUUAGAUUAACUUCCCAUAAGAGUUACAAAACACAUUACCUGUUCAUAUAGUCCUAGUUAUCCCAGAAUUAUUACUGCUUUCUAUUUGAACAGAUUCCUGUACAGAUGUCGCAGAUUGUGCUACGUUAAUGACACCACUUGGUGGUGCACUGUUAAAAAUGGCUUUGUACUUUGAAAUCUAAACAUAAUAUUUCAGUUUGUGCUGAAAAGCUGUUUUUGAAAUGUGGCCAUGCCAAAGCGUGGCUUUCUUGUACCAAUGAACAUUGGGAAGCACCAGUGAAAUAAGUGCUGAUCUGGAUAUGUGGUGUGCAACCUUCAUACAGAACUGGAGAUUUAUCGGCUGGUUUUCUUGAACUCCUCUCCACGUGACAUGCAUCAUAAGGACCUUGAUCUACACAAUGGAUGAUGGGAUCUAUGAAAGAGAACAUCAGAGCAUUCCCUGUCACUGACCCAGGGCACUGUCAACUCAUUGUCACCUAAACUGCCACAAAAUGCUGUGUUUUACUGGUGUAUGGACAUAGACAGUCCCCACUGUUUAUAGUGGGUGUGUUUGUGAGACAUUGAUAUUCUUGAUAUACAUGAUGACUGGUAUAAUGGGGUAGUGCUUUGACCAUGGUCUGCUAGAUAACUAUGUUGAUGAUUACAAAUAAACUAUACAAAACAGCCUUUCA